AUGGCCGUGGAUCGGUCAUUAGAAGUACGAGCAGUCGCUGCUGUCUUCUUCGCAUUGGCGUCCGUGACGACGAUUCUGCGAUGCUAUGUCCGUCUGGCAGUUGUCAAGGCGUUUGGGUGGGAUGAUGGGGUUAUGGUUCUGGCGUUGCUCUUCUACGCCAUGUUCUCAGGCUGCAUGAUCGGAGGCAGUCUCUACGGCACAGGGAAACACCUGACCGAGUUAACCAACCACCAGCGAACAACCGCAAUGGAGUACUGGUUCUACUGCGACAUCGGCUACGCUCUCGCCUCCAUCCUCUGCAAAAUCUCCGUCAGUAUCUUCAUCCUGCGCGUAACCAUCGACCGAACGCACCAAAUAGUGGUCUGCCUCGUCGGAGGCAUCGUCGUCAUCGCCGGACUCAUCUUCUUCAUCAUGGUCCUCGUGCAAUGCCACCCCCUGUCGUACUUCUGGAAUCAACUGUCCACCGCAUACACCGGCCCCGGAUCUUGCAUGAACAUGCACAUCAUCGUGGGCGGACUAUACGCCUUUAGCGCCUCCUCCGCGCUGUUCGAUCUGACCAUCGCUAUUCUUCCGAUCUUGCUGGUCCGGAAACUUAAUAUGAAGCGUGACGUGAAGGUUGCCGUUGCUGGAUUGCUGGGUAUGGCUUGCGUUGCCUCCAUCGCCGUCUUCAUCCGCAUCCCUUACAUCCACACCCUCUACAACGUUGACUACCUCUGGGCAACAACCCCCAUAGCAAUCUGGUCCAACAUCGAAACCGGCCUAGGCAUCUUCGCCGGCAGCAUGGCGACCCUCCGCCCCAUCCUCCGCAAAUUCAACCCCUCGACACGAGGCAACGAAUACACAUCCUCCCCAUGGCCGAGCACGCGCAACAAGCAGCGAAACUUCUCCGUACCGCUACGAUCCCUCGAUACUAGUACCACGAGAACGCCGCCGUCCGAGUUCGAUGAUCGCAUGGCGAUACAGGGCCAUGAUGAGCGGUUGUAUGGGACGACGAUGUAUAGUGUUGAGACGGGGGAGAGGGUGGAUAUGGAUGUUGCUGAUGGGGGCGAGAGUGGGGGGAGGGUGGAUGAAUAUCCGAUUCUACCCAAGAAUGGGAACACCAUUAACAAUGGUGGUGGUGGUGGUGAUAAUGGAAUCGGAGUCAAGUUUCCGGGGAUUAUUAGUGUUAGGAGGGAGGUGUUGGUUACGACUUCUACUUAG